GCUCUCGGGAAUCCCCACCACCCAACAACGAAGAAGAAGAAGAAAAAGAAGGAGAAGAAGGAGAAGAAGAAGAAGGGACGAGGAAAACAAGAGGGGAGGAAGAAGAAGAGGACGACCAGGGGGAAGAACAAGAGGGCAGGAAGAAUGAUGAGCACAACGAGGGGGAAGAAGAAGAAGAAGAAGAAGAAGAAGAAGAAGAAAAAGAAGAAGGAAGAACGAAGAACAGAGGAGGAAGAAGAAGAAGAGGAGGAAGAAGAAGAAGAGGAGGAGGAAGAAGAAGGCAGGAGGAAGAAUAAGAAGGAGAAGAAGAAGGAGAAGAAGGAGAAGAAGACGAAGAAGAUUCUGAAGCAGACGACGAAGAAGACGACGAAGAAGAAGAAGAAACCGGUUCUUGGCUUGUCCUCAGAUUCCAAGAUUUGCAGCCACAUCACUCACUGCCGGCUGCACUGGGACCCAAGUGUUGCAUGUUUGCAGGAGGGAGAAGAAGAGGACGAGGAGGAGGGCGGAGGGGAUCAGGAGGGAGGAGGGGAAAGAGAUGAGGAUAUAGGGAGAGGGAGAAGACGAGGAGGAGGAGGAGGACGGAGGAAGAGGGGGGAUGAGAAGGAGGAGGAGGAAGAGGAAAUGGGAGAGGGGAGUAGGAAAGAGGAGGAGGGAGGGGGGCGAGAAGGGAUAGGGAGAGGACGAGGAGGAGGAGGAGGACGACGGAGGAAGAGGGGGGAUGAGGAGGUGGAGGAAGAGGAAACGGGAGAGGGGAGGAGGAAACAGGAGGAGGGAGGGGGGCGAGGAGGAGGGAAGAGGAGAGAGGAGGGAGGAAGGAGAAGAAGAGGGGGAAGAGGAAGAGGAAGGAGGAGGAGGGAGGAGGAAGAAAGGGGGGAGAGGAGGAGGGACGAGGAAGGAGGAGAAGGAGGGAGGAAGAGGAGGAAGGAGGAGGAGGAGGAGGAGGGGGAGGAUGUGGACUCAGAGAAGAGAAGGAAAAAAGGAAAGGGAGCAGAAAAGGAGAGGGAGAGGAAGGAGGGGGAAGGAGGAGGAGGAAGCAGAACAACGAAGAAGCGGAGGAAGGAGGACGAGGAGGAGGGAGGAGGAGAAGGGAGGAGGAGGAGGAGGGAGGAGGAGACGACAGAAGAAGAAGAAGAAGAAGAAGAAGAAGAAGAAGAAGAAGGGAGGAGGAGGAGGAGGAGGAGGAGGAGGAGGAGGAGGUAGGAGGAGGUAGAAAGAGCAAUCUGAAGGCAGGAGUUAAAAGAAAAGGAUGAAGAGUUAAACAAGU